ACCCUACUUGAAUGAAGUAACCACACAUAUCCCUUCUAGAAUUCUGGCAAGGCACGGUCUUACCGGAGCUAGUAUAAGUCCUAGCCAUGGCUGCAGCUUCUCUCCGCAAUGUCCUGGUUACUGGUACAAACCGUGGCAUAGGAUUUGAGAUUGUCCGUCAAUUGCUCACCUCCGAGCCGCGCCCGGACCACAUAUUCGCCACGCAUCGCUCGCCGCUCGGCACAGAGUCCACUAGUGCCCUGGAGAAGCUGGCGACGGAGAAGGGACAGGGACGCAUUCAUCUCGUACAACUAGACGUGACGGACGAGGCGAGCAUUGCGUCGGCACAACGGACUGUGCGCUCCGUCGUGGGUGAAGCUGGUCUGAACGUUCUUUUCAAUAACAGUGCAGUGUGCGUGGAGACAGACCGCAUGGAGCAGCUCACUGCUGCCGAAAUGAUGAAUCACUACCGUGUGAAUUCAGUGGGGCCUGUGCUGAUGACGCAAGCACUGAUGCCCCUUCUCAAGCAGGCAGCAGUGGUAAACAAAGCUGAACAGUUUGGCUGGAAGCGGGCGGCCGUGGUCCACAUUUCCUCGUUCUCCGGUUCGAUCGGCACCAAAGAGGAGAACUGGCGAAUGUAUUCCUACAAGGCAAGUUAAGCGGCACUGAACAUGCUCGGCAGUCUGAUGUGCGAGGAGCUGACCGACGCAGGGGUGGCGACACUGCUGAUGUGUCCGGGACACGUGCGUACGGACAUGGGUGGCCCUGCCGCACCACUGUCACCGGCAGAAUCAGUAGCCGGAAUCCUGGAGGUUGCGUUGCGUCUAGACGCCGACACCAAUGGCAAAUUCAUGAACUUGAAGGGUCAGUUCCUGGAGUGGUGAGCGAUAUGCUAAGUUCCGUAAUUGAAGUGGAUGCCAAAGAGAAUGCGAGUAUUCCCCUCCAUACUGUAAUGACAUGAAUUUGUAGUAGUAGGUGAUAUGAUGGCAUCCACUGCCUGUUUGACCUAAAAUUGAUCAGCGAUCAAGGUCGCAAACUCAUCUUGAUGUCAUGCUGUAUGCUUAGCUCAGACAAAUCAUGCGGCCAGCAUACAGCCUAACUCGCUCAGACAAAUGCCAGCUAGCAGCCUGACUCGCUCAGACAAAUGCCAGCUAGCAGCCUGACUCGCUCAGACAAAUGCCAGCUAGCAGCCUGACUCGCUCAGACAAAUGCCAGCUAGCAGCCUGACUCGCUCAGACAAAUGCCAGCUAGCAGCCUGACUCGCUCAGACAAAUGCCAGCUAGCAGCCUGACUCGCUCAGACAAAUGCCAGCUAGCAGCCUGACUCGCUCAGACAAAUGCCAGCUAGCAGCCUGACUCGCUCAGACAAAUGCCAGCUAGCAGCCUGACUCGCUCAGACAAAUGCCAGCUAGCAGCCUGACUCGCUCAGACAAAUGCCAGCUAGCAGCCUGACUCGCUCAGACAAAUGCCAGCUAGCAGCCUGACUCGCUCAGACAAAUGCCAGCUAGCAGCCUGACUCGCUCAGACAAAUGCCAGCUAGCAGCCUGACUCGCUCAGACAAAUGCCAGCUAGCAGCCUGACUCGCUCAGACAAAUGCCAGCUAGCAGCCUGACUUGCUCAGACAAAUGCCAGCUAGCAGUCUGACUCGCUCAGACAAAUGCCAGCUAGCUCACACUGUUAGCAGGUUCCGUUUCACUGAACACGCGGUACAGGCUAACCGGGCCUUACGUGUGUCCUUACCCCAGCCACUAGGGCUGUUCACAACGUAUUGCAUCGCACACUACCCCCCCCCCCCAUCCAUGUGAAGGAGAGCUGUCUCUUCAUGUGCGUGGGUGUGGCUGCCCACCAGUCAUGUCGGCUGUGGCAUGCAGGGGUUCCGAUACCUGUCUUGGUAUUCAAUAAUCUCUAGCGGAUAGUUGGCAACUUGUCGUUCUGAAGGUUUCUCUGUGUUGUGCCACGUAGUACAACUCCCCACAACGUUUUAUUUUUAUUCUUAUUUUACUAGGGAAUUUCCAACAUGCGUCAUCGCCUUAUGAUGAUUGUCACUUUCUCAGUCUACAUAUUGUAUGUCUUGAUGUACAAUUGUAGCCAUCCAUGUUCUGUUAACUAUACCGGUAGCAUAAUCUGGAUUCUAACGUUACGACAGUGAGUUCGGGCCACGUUGACUGUAUUAAUUUUCUUGAGCUUGUUGCCAGAAUAGAGAAGAUUCACAUGCAAAUGUUCUGUCGUCCUCUCUCGCCGGUA